UUUAUUCAAUCUUUCCCUAAUUUUCUUCAUUCCUUCUCCUUUUUGCACAUUCCAAAUCUCACCAAUCUCUAUAAAGCUUUCUUUCUCCUCUCCUCUUCCACUUUCUCUCACAUCAAUUAGUUUUUUCCUUCAAUCUACCGUCCUCUGUUCUCUCUGUACCAAUCAUUGCAUUUCGACCCUCAUCCAAAUGGUUGGAUGCAAGAUCCGAUUGGUGAAGAGAAAGAAUGAUUGGGUGAGUAAUUUACUUCAGAGCAGAUUCUUCGGCUCCUGCGGUUAUCAUAGAGAACUCAGGAAAAAUGAGAAAAACAUGUUUUGCAUCGAUUGUAACCUGUGCUUUUGUAAGCACUGCAUCGGUUCUUCGACUCAUUGCUUCCAUCGCUGGCUUCAAGUAUGCAAGUAUGUUUAUCACGAUGUCGUUCGCUUGCAGGACAUUCAAAAGUAUCUCGAUUGUUCCAAAAUUCAGACAUAUAAGAUAAAUGGAGAAAAGGCAAUCCAUCUAAAUCCGCGGCCACAAUCAAGGGAUCAAAAGUUAUCAAAAUCAAAAAGUGGUGCGGCGUGUGAAGCUUGUGGGAGGCACAUUCAAGACUUUCCUAAUCGCUUUUGCUCCAUUGCAUGCAAGGUAUCAGUAGGAGCAAAGUUUUCCAAUGGCAACACCGAUAAGUUGAUUUCCUUUCCAAUACCAGAAUUCGGUUCCCUGUCCUUGAAGGAAAACUAUGCCCUAGAAGAAAAUACGAAAGAAAAUGACUAUUUUUCUUUCUCAAGUUUCAAGGAUUCAUCACGCUCAUGGAGUAGUACUACUGAAUCCUCUGAAGAAAUUCAAGCUUGGAUGAAUUCAACAUUGAAGCCGAAAAAGAAACAACACAAGCGGAAAGGUGUCCCCCGUAGGGCUCCCCUUGGCUAAUGCAUGCCUAAAGCAUAAAGGAAAAUAAGUUCCUAAGUUCCGUCAUUUUAAUUUCUUAAUACUUGCUGUGCAUUUUUUUUCUUGUUUCCAUUGUGGUUUUUCCACAAUAAGACCACAGUUAAUAGAUAACAAUUUGUCCAUGAUAAAUAACUCCCAAACAGCCCCGAUUUUGGGUUGUGGUAGUAAUAAAAGUCUUGUGGUUGUACAGCACAAGAGUACUGUUCCUGAUUUUGGCUUUGGUAUUGUAUUUGGGUGGUAUUAUUA